AUGACGGUACCUUUUUCAAUACCUAUUAAAGAUUUAGAUUAUUGUCUCGAACAAUUAUUAAAUCAUAAACCUCCAAGAAUACUACCUCCUGAUACUAUACAACAUUUAUGUCAUACUUUAAAAACUCAGUUUUUAUCAAUACCCAAUAUUAUGUCGUUACAAUCUCCAAUUUCUGUAGUUGGUGAUAUUCAUGGUCAAUAUCAUGAUUUAUUAGAAAUAUUUCAAAUUGGUGGAUCUCCACCUGAUACAAAUUAUUUAUUUUUAGGAGAUUAUGUUGAUCGCGGUUAUUAUUCAAUUGAAACUAUAAGUUUAUUACUUGUUUUGAAGCUUAGAUACCCCGAAAGAAUUAAUUUAAUACGAGGUAAUCAUGAAUCAAGAACAAUUACAACAAAUUAUGGAUUUUAUACUGAAGUUUUAAAUAAAUAUCAUGGAUCUGCUGAUGUUUGGAAUUAUAUAACUGAUUUAUUUGAUUAUUUACCAUUAGGAGCUACUAUUGAUGGUAAAAUAUUUGCAUGUCAUGGUGGAUUAUCACCAAGUUGUCAACAAUUGGAUCAAAUUAGAGCAAUGGAUAGAUUUAAAGAAAUUCCGCAUGAUGGUAUAAUGGCAGAUUUAGUAUGGUCUGAUCCUGAUGUUGAAAUUUUAGAUUUUAAAUUAAGUCCGAGAGGUGCUGGUUAUCUUUUUGGAAGUGAUGUUAUUAAUAAAUUUUGUAAUGAUAAUAAUUUAGUUCAAAUGAUUAGAGCUCAUCAAUUAUGUAAUGAAGGUUUUACAACAUAUUGGAAAGGUAAAUGUUUAACAGUGUGGUCAGCACCAAAUUAUUGUUAUAGGUGUGGAAAUAAAGCAAGUGUAUUGGAAAUUAUACAUUCAAAUUAUGAAACUACCAAUAAUAAAUUACAAAAUGACCAAGGUGUUUUACCAGGACAAUUUUUUAAUGUAUUUGAAGCAUCACAAGAAAAUGAUGAAGAUACGAUUAAAGGUAAAAGUGUAAAUGGUAUUAAUUCAGAUCCUGAUGAUUUUGAUUCAACCAAUUUAUCAAAUAACAAUAUUAAUAAUAAAGACAAUUAUAAUGAUGAAAAUGAUUUUUUUGCAUCAUAUUUUCAAGAACGACCAAGAAGACAACAACAUGUUGAAUAUUUCUUGUAA